GAGGGUGGGGCUGAAGCAGGUGGUGUUUGGGGCGUGGCCGGAGAAGUCCCGCCUAGGGCCUGCAAUCUCAGCCCCGCGGGGCGGAGCGCUGAGCGCAGCCAGGCUGUGCAUUAGCGACCUGCUGUCUUUAAAGGCAGCCGUGAGUCGCAUUGCCUAGACCGACACGGAGGACCAUCGCCAUGCACCGUCUACCGCUGCUGCUCCUGCUGGGCUUGCUGCUCGCAGGCUCCGUCGCCCCUGCGCGCCUCGUCCCGAAGCGCCUUUCCCAACUUGGUGGCUUCUCCUGGGAUAACUGUGAUGAAGGAAAGGACCCUGCAGUGAUCAAAAGCCUCACGAUCCAACCUGACCCCAUUGUGGUUCCUGGAGAUGUAGUCGUCAGCCUUGAGGGCAAGACCAGCGUUCCCCUCACUGCUCCUCAGAAGGUGGAGCUCACCGUGGAGAAGGAAGUGGCUGGCUUCUGGGUCAAGAUUCCUUGUGUAGAACAGCUAGGCAGCUGUAGCUACGAGAACAUCUGUGACCUGAUAGACGAAUACAUUCCUCCUGGAGAGAGCUGCCCAGAGCCCCUGCACACCUACGGGCUGCCCUGCCACUGUCCCUUCAAGGAAGGUACCUACUCACUACCCACGAGCAACUUCACAGUGCCUGACCUAGAGCUACCGAGCUGGCUGAGCACAGGCAACUACCGCAUCCAGAGUAUCUUGAGCAGUGGUGGGAAGCGCCUGGGCUGCAUCAAGAUUGCUGCCUCUCUCAAGGGCAGAUAACCUGGCAGCAGCCACCACAGAAUGAAGGGGCACCAGCACGGCAGGCCUCUUCUUCUGUGUUCCGGUGCCCAGGCCUGCCUGCCUCUAACUCUAUCCUCCUACGGUUCUCUACCCUCUCUGGAAAUCAUUGCAACCUGACCUGAGGGAGGAUGGACCAGGCCCAACAUCUGAUGGGCUGUAAGCCAUGCUCCUUUGCACCCCUACCAACUUUCUAAGAAUUUCUUUCGUAUCCAAAACAGUCAAGGAAUGGGAACCAACAUGUUUGGGAAUCCUAAGGUCAAAACUGGCCCAACCUGGACCUCCUGGAGUUAUGCUCACCCCACUUCUUUGUUUUAGUCACCAACUUUAAAACCAGGAUAACCGUAUUAAUUUCUCAUUCCAUCCUGAGCCUCUCUUCCUGCAAAGAGGUCUAGGUAGUCAGUCUUGGGUCCCUCUAUUAACUUCUGUGAUUAACUGCAUUCUCUUUGCAACUUAACUUGUCAACACUGGGGCUGACAGAUCCUGAAGAGGCAGGGUGGUGUGUGACAGAAACCUGUGAGAGUUAUUGUUGGGCAUGCUCCAGUAACCCUUGGCAAAGCACAGGUACCUGUAGGGCCAAGCCGAAGACCUAGGGAGGCACAGCAAUCACUUCUGGGAGCGAUGCCCAUUUUUCCUUUUUCCUUUUUUUUUUUUUUUUUUUUUGGUAUGAUGCCUUCAAGAAUGGGAUGGCAUUCCUUAUACCUGACAAGAAACAACCAAAAAAACCAAUAGCACAUGUGCUCUGGUGCCAGGUGGCCAGGGUCUGGAAUGGCAUAUCUAGUUCUAAAGAGGUGCAGUCCCCUGCAAGUUCCAUGUAAGGAAUGUUGCCAGAUAUUUGCAACAUUUUUCUUCCUUAGGCCCCAAACCCAGCCGUUUAUAUGAAAUUGUAGAAUUUUUAACUAUUGGAAACAAAUGGUUUUUUUAUAUAUACUUACUAUGCAGGCCAAAGGGGCCCCACGGACUCACCCAGGGACAUAAUCUGGCUCCCAGGUGGCUGCUUUUCCUCACAUCUGUUCAUCUUCUCAAUCUCAAGUUAUCUGGCCGCAUCUCUUCCCCCUUCAAGGUCAAGUCCUUGGUGCCUGGCCUCAAAGAGGGCUCAGCCUGCACUAGAGCAGGUCUACAUGGCUUCUGAGAGCUGGGCACUGUGCCAACUUCCGAGCCAUCACCACCAGAGUAGAGGGGUUCACACUGGAGUAGAUCCCACCUAGCAGCCACCACGUGGAACAGGGGUCCUGUGAAGAGAGUGGGUCCCACAUCAGGUUGCACCAUGACAACUUCCUGAGCCUCCUCGGACAGCCCAGGUUCUGGACUAGAAGACUGGUCUGGCAAUAAAUCUUUUUAACUUGCUGUGUGGGCUCCUUUUCUUGGCUGUGUGCUUCAUUGAGCAUGGCUGCAUGUUUGGGAGUCUGUGAUGGGCUGUGGCUGUGGAAGGGCUCAGUGGGUGGUCCAGGGGAGUCCAGGCAUCUCUGGCCAUGGGUGCUUGUGUUCAUCUCAGCAGCAGCCGGGGCUUCCGCCUUGCUCUGUUUGGGCCUGAACGCCCAGGGUUGCUUUCAGAUCCCUUAGCCUAGUUUUCUGCCAUUCAACCUUAAAGCUUUCCACUACAUAUUUUUUUCUUUUGGUUUUGUGUGCAUGUGCAUGCAUGUGAGAGAGAAAGAGGAGAGAGAGGAGGCUAGAAGACAACCUUGGGUAUCAUUCCUUGGGUGCUUUCCAUUUUUUGUGUUAAGUCAGGGUCUCAUUAACUUGGAACUGCUAUGCAAACCAUGCUGUCUGGUCAGAGAGUCCUGGGUAUCCACCUGCCCCCACCUCACAUCCCACUAUUACUGGGAUUAUAAAUGUGUUCAUGGUUCUGGGGACCCGAACUCUGGUCCUCAAAUUUGUAAGGCAAAUCUGCUACUGAGAGGCAGGGUCUCAUUCUAUCUAGUCUAGGCUGACCUCAAACUCCUCUGUACAUAGGACAAGCAUGACCAUGUCCUUAUGCUUUCAGGAUUACAGGCCUGUACCACCACGCCUAGUUCUCUUGAUUUGUAGUCUGCACUCUGCUUUUGUUGUUUGGUUGGUUCUGCAAGGUGGUAUAGGCUAGUCUGGAACUUAGCCCUCCCACUACUUGCUGGGAUUGUAUGCAAUGCACCCCAAGUUCACAAUCAGAACAGCACCUUACCAGCUCAGGAAAUCUAUAUGUCAUACUUGUUAAAUGUGCCUUGUUGUCUCUUGUGGGUUGUGGGUAAGAUUUGAGGUGACAUCUCAGAUCCAUGAACAAAGAAGGAUGGUGUGUUUUGAGGCCUAGAAAGAAGGAAAUAAGGUCUUUGGGAGCGGGCACUUGAAGGUCUUGGCACACCAUUCCUUUGUUUCUGCUUACUGCCCACAAUGAGGUGAGCAUGCCUGCAUACAUUCCACCAUGAUACCUUGCUUCUCAACCCUGUAUAUAUCAUCCCUCAUGGUACUCGGUAUACAUCAUCCUACAAUGGAAACCAGUUUCCCAGUGCUGUAUAUAUCAGCCUGCUAUACUACUAUGCUUUGCCAUGUACCCUCCUGAAAACUAGGGUUAAGGGUGUGUGUCACCAUGCCCAGUCUUGAGGGUGGGUUUUUUUUUAAUGCUUAGUUUAUUAUUUGUGUGUGUGUGUGCCACCAUUAUAUAUAAAUAAUUUUUGAGACAGGUUCUCACUGUGUAGCCCUUACUGGCCUGGAACUCACUGUGUAGACCAAGAUGACCCUGAACUCAGGGACCCACCUGCCUCUGGCUCCUGAGUGCUGGAAUCAAAGGCGUGAACCUCCACAUUAAGGGAAUGGAGCAGACAACCUGAAGGGGUGUCUGAUGAUUAAUCCCUGGUUAGUUUGAGUAACAGAAAAGAUGACAAUGCAUUUGAGUCUUUUAAAUAAGAACCCAGGAUAGAGUCUACUGUGCACAGUGGAACCCCAAGGAAAAGAAGAUAGAGAAAAAAGCCAGCAGCCUCAGGAGUAAAUGUCACCCACUGACAAGAGUCUCAUGUGGAUGUUAAGCUGGGCAUAAAAUAGCACAAAAACCAAGUAUCUGCACUGUUUAAGUCUUACCUAGCAGGGCGUGGUGGCUCACACCUGCAAUCCCAGCCCUUAUGAAGAUUUUAAAUUCAAGUUAGCCUGGGCUAUAAAACUAACACUAUAAAAUGAGCAGUUACUGAAGGGUAUGCGCCAUUUCUCUGAGAUGCUCUUAGUAUGUCAUCUCAAUAUAACUAUGGUCAGAUAAUCCCAAGCAGCUCUUCAAGGUUGCCAAGGCCACGAAUAAUAAGGAAUGAUCUAGAAACAGCCACAUGCAUACCGGGAGAGAAUACAGACACUGUCUGAGAUCCUCAUUUCAGAUGUCGGAUUAGACUAGCAUUUCAGCUGUGUUGACGUGGGUGUGGCUGUGGAGGGUCUUAGCAUUAAUGACAGGUGAUGUGACAUUUGAGCUAUUUCUGUCUUGCUUUAGAAGUUUUUCAAAAUAAAAAGAGACUGUUUUGUGAAA